AUGAACAUCAAUAGCACCAUUCAACAGGUCGCAUAUACUCUAGGCUACGCAACGGAGUUACAGACCCACCUUUCCAAAGCUCUUAUGGCCCCUGGGACUGACGGGGAACGGUUGGCGGAUUGUGGAAUAGACUUGAUUCGUUCGUGUCUUUCGCAAUAUGGUUAUGAGAUGAAGAUUCAACCAAGCGAUAUCGUCGCAGUAAAGGAAAGGCUGUGUAGCUACGCUCAUCUUAGUUCAGUCGCCCAGCGCAUAGCGAUUGACAGGAUCGUUCCAUACGACUCGCAGUCCAGCGAAGAGCGUCACACUAUAGUCGGGAAGACCAUGGCAGCGUUUAUUGCAGCCGCACAUCUCGACUUUGGGGGAAGCUAUCCACGUACGUGGCAGAUAUUGGUGCAUAUAGGCUUCUUCACGCAGGAGGAUAACGCGGUGGAUCCAACACUGUUACUGGGCAGCAUAAAUAGGUAUCCACAUCUGCCUAUUGGACUUUCUGGGAACGAUGACAGCCGUGCCAUGAUGGUAGAUUUACUACCAAACACAGUACAAGAUAGCCAGUCCAAACGAUCUGCGAACAUCUCAUUCGAUAGUCAACAAAAGCUAAAGCAAGGUCGACGGCAAAGGUACAAUUCAAUGGUAUGCUUCCUCGAGGAAGAAACCAUGAAGUGUCACGCGAAAUCUCUUCGGCCCCCACAGGAAUCGUACUUUACCGCAGAAAUCGAGAUGGCCAUCCAAAACCCAGAUUUGAAACAGUGGGAUGAGGUUUUAAAACGGCUAAUAUUAGGUUCUGGCAGCUCGCUGUCAGUUCUAUACCUAAAGGAGGCAAUUCAAACCUGGCGAGCGAGGGCCGACAUGCCUCAUCUGCAGAUCUCUAAACAUUCAUCGAAGGCAGAGACAUAUGCCAACAUCUCCCUCAUAGACCAGAGAAUCACGGGGCUGAAUUUAUUUCGAAGAUACCACAUCUCACACUUAUUCGAAGCAUGUGCGAUGAUGAAGAAAAUGCUUCCUGGUCUCGAACCAGGGUCGUCAGAGUAUAAGAAGGGGUACAAGGAUGUUAACAACCUUCGAUUACUUGCACGGAGAUUUCACACCCUACAGGAGCAUUUCGGCAAGGGUAUUCUUGCAUUGAUACCUUAUCCGCAGCAUCCCCACCAGCCAGGUCUGGAGUUAUCUGACAAUAUGCUCUCCAAGGUGCCGGAAUGCAUCUUUCCCCAAAUUGUUUCAAUCCUCAAUCGUUCCCAAGGAAACUAUCUACGGGCACUGAGCCAGGCAGCUGGGCAGGUUAUAGAGAUGAUGCUUUACGAACCUCAAGAACUCUGUCCCGCGCUCCAGCUCGAGACAACAGACAACAGCUACAUAUUGGAACAACCGAAAGAUCUACAUACCAUCCUUCCUCUUCUCACUUGA